AAUAAAAAGUUAAACUAAACUCAGAAAAAAAUGGCCUCAUCCCCUUUUGUGUGCUCGAUGCCACAUUUCAUUUUCAUAAUAGCAUACUAUUCAGCAAUGUUAAUUGUACCGAUAGAAUCCCAAAAAAGUUCACCAUUCCUCAAUAUUCCAGCUUUUCCAUUCUCCCCUUUCCAUCUCCCAUCACAUGAUAAUAUUAAUGUGCCUAAACCUUCAUUUGAUAUUCAAAGAUGUUGGGGCUCGAUGGAUCAUGAUAUGGCGGCGUGUAUGGUCGAAGCGAAUGCGUUUCUGGGAAGGAGUCUGCCGCAGGCUCCGAGGUUGAGCACAACAUGUUGCAUGGCCUUUAAUGAGAUGACUGAUCGGUGUGCUAAGAAUGGGUUUGCUUUUGAUGUCUUCAUCCCUCCCUUGGUGAAGGAGUAUUGUGGUUUUGGUCAAUGAAUGUCAAGUUACGUACUCUAUCGUUAUGUGUCUUUUGUGAUUCUUGGAUUCAGUAAUAUCAUGUUAAAGGGGUAACUUUCAACUCUGAAAGAGAAUGUUGCAAAGGUAAUGUAAUCACAUGAAAAAGUAAUCUAUUU